AUGGCUAUUAUAAGCGAAAUCAGUUACCUGCGCGACGCCCUAGUCAACGCUAUCCGUUUCUACUACCACUUUCUCGUUUCCAUGUACAUGGACGAAUCAAUGAUCGACGAGCCGCCUGAGAAUGGCUGGGAAACCAUACCCAACGGUUGGAUAAAUUUCGAAAAAACAGACGAAGCUGCUCCAGACUGCCGGUUUCUGGGCUGGCAUGAAGGAAACGAAAAUGCAGAUGGUCAAGGCCUCAAGAAAAACAGCGAACCUUACCCCGACGAUACUGUGAUACCACCACACAUUUCUGCUUACUGGCCUGAGUGUCCAGGCGUGGUCAAGCACACGGGCACCCUGCUUGAGGACGAUCCUUUUGAUUGGGAGGAAGACGGUUUGAUUCCGGAGGUCCAAAUGAAGUGGCGGGAGAACAGUGCGUUUUGGGCCAUCAAUGAUGUUUUUGAGAUGCUCAAGCUCCACUUCGAGACUCUAGAAGUUGUGCCUGCCGGCAGGCGUAAGGUCGAGGGCAUGUAUCCUUGGAUCAUGCGUUCAAUGGAGGAUCAGGCAAUGCUGGCCGCAAUCCAGAAGAUCUACAAGUAUCACGGGUGGCCUGAUAAGACCCGCUUUCGCAAAGAGGAUUGCAUUGCCGAUAUUGAGGCUAUGAUCAGUGCUCAAUUUCCUGACGCUGACAUGGACUUCUACUGGAUAUAUUUUUUCGUCAGCGAGAUCAAUGUUGAAUCUGCAGCCAUGUGGCUUCGGCUCGGGCCUAGCCAUCUAGCGAAGGAGAACGGCCCUACAUUCUUACUCGAUACUCAGUUUGGCGUGAUUUAUUGGUACAAGUGCCUGGAUGAAGUGCGCUUCAUGGAUGACCAGGCUGAAGGUGACGGUUACGGCUGGGCGGAUGAUGGGCGGAUCCCCGAAGAUCAGGCUGAGUGGAAAUACGAGAGUGGAGUCUGGCCUAUUAAAGUCUUCUUCGAGAUUCUCAAGCGCAAUUUCGAGCAGCUUAACUUUGCGCCAAUUGGCUCGCGAAUAGUCAAGGCCAUGUGGGGCUCAGGAUCUAAUCAAACACGGGAAAUACUAUUUGCAGUUCAGAAGAUCUACCGAGAUCAUGCCUGGCCCGACAGGGCCAGAUAUAGCAAAGAAGACUGCCUUGAAGACAUUAAGAUUAUGCUGAAAGCUCAGUUUCCGGAUGUAGAGAGAUAA